UGGGACAAAGCUGCCACUGGUAUGGAAGCUGAUGGAAUUUCCGAGGGAUUUUCCAGAAGCAUUGAGUUACAUGGUUUAAAAUUUAACAGAUUAAUUGGAGAUGGCGACAGCAGCGUAUUAAAGAAACUAUUAGAGAUAGUCCCUUAUGGACCACACCAAUUGGUACAAAAAAUAGAAUGUCACAACCAUUUGUUAAGAAACUAUAGUACAAAAUUAUCUACAUUAACAAAAAAUACAAUAUACCCAACAUAUUUAAGACAGUUAAUUAAAAAAAAUAUUAUUAAAUUCUGUGUAGCUAUUCGAAAUGCAAUUCAAUACAGGAAAAAAUUAAAUAUUAACGAUAAUGCUAAAAUAAAAGGACUUCAACAAGACAUUUCCAACAGUCCUUAUCAUAUUUUUGGACAGCAUGCACAAUGUGAUAUUUAUUUUUGUAAAAAAUCGGCUGUUUGUGAAAAUCAUGUACCAGCUAUGGAAAGAUGUGGACUUAUGCGUGAAAUUAACUCAGUUUUAAGAAGAGUGGUUGAAAAUGCAUCAAGUCUUAUAUAUGAUGUAACAAACAACGCUUGUGAGCAAUUUAACAGCGUUAUAAAUAAGUAUAUUUCUGGGAAACGAAUAAACUUUUCUUUAAAGCAAUCCUACAAUACUAGAGUUCAAGCAGCAAUUAUUUCCUAUAAUACUAGUGGUAAUUUUCUUAGAGCGGUCCAUAAAAAAGUGAUGCACAAAAGUCCCGGAAUGGUUGGUAAAACAUUUUUGACUUCCAAAAAGUAUAAACACGAAAACUUAAAAAAUAGACGUCUUUUUUGUUCUAAAAAAUCAAAGAAAAUGAAAUACACCGGACCAGAUGAAUUUUAUGGCCUUGCAGAACCGUUACCAAUAGAUGAUAGAUGUUCAAUAGAAGAAUUAGAAUUAAAAAAAAAAAAAUUUAUUCAAGCAAUUACUCUCUCAAAACAUCAAAGGGAUGCUUUGGAAAUAGAUACUAGACAACAAAAUUCAAGUUCUAGGUGGUUUAUGGAAAGGCGUAAUCGUAUAACAGCUUCUGACUUUGGAAAAAUAUGCAAGAUGCGUCCAACUACGUCAUGUAAAAAUAUCGUGUCAAAUAAAUUAUACAGUACAUCUUCUAAUACGAACGAGCCGAUAGCAUGCAAAUACGGUAAAGAUAUGGAACCAGUUGCCUUGGAAUAUUUUGAAAAAAAUAUUGGGAUACCGAUUAAAAAAUGUGGUUUAAUCAUUGAUGAAGAUUACCCGUUCUUUGGAGCAUCGCCGGAUGGGCUUAUUGGGAAUGAUAGUAUAAUUGAAGUAAAAUGUCCGUAUUCGGCAAAAGACUAUCCUACAGUUGAAGAGGCUAUCAAAGAUAAAAAGAUAAAAUUCUUAAAAUUAAAUCAAAGUGGAGAAAUAAGUUUAAAAACAGAUGAUAACUAUUAUUAUCAAAUAAUUGGGCUGUUGAGAAUUUCCAAAAGAGAUAUCUGUCAUUUCAUUGUGUAUUCACAUAAUUGGAAACAUGUUGAAGUCAUUAAAUAUGAUCCACAAUUUUGGUUUGGUAAAAUGGAAUCUAAAUUAAAAAGGUUUUAUUACGAAUGUUUAUUGCCGGAGAUUGUAGACCCCCAGUUUGGCAAACGUUUUUUGACGAGCGACAUUAUCGACCCAAAUUAUAUUAUAACUGCUCAA